CUAGGUAAAUUCAUCCAGUUUUACGUGAGUCAUGUUAGAGAUUGUUUGUAUAAAAGGACUUUUUUUUUCUCCUUUUGGCAGUGCUUGGUAGGCAGGUACUCUGCCACAUAGGCCAUAGUCCCAGAUCUGUAAAAAGGACUUUUGAAAGCAGUAAUCUUUUAUUUAAGUAUUUCCUAUUAGUAUUUGUGAUAUAUUUCCUGCCUGUUUAGUGGAUGAUGCUGGCAAAAUAGAACAUGACGGUUCAUCUGAAAUGACCAUGGACGCAGAAUCAGAAAUCGAUCCUUGUAAAGUGGAUGGCACUUGUCCUGAAGUUAUCAAGGUGUACAUUUUUAAAGCUGACCCUGGAGAAGAUGACUUGGGUGGAACCGUAGACAUUGUGGAGAGUGAGCCUGAGAAUGACCAUGGAGUGGAAGUGCUGGAUCAGAAUAACAGUAUUCGUGUUCCAAGGGAAAAGAUGGUUUAUAUGACUGUCAAUGACUCUCAGCAAGAAGACGAAGAUUUAAAUGUUGCUGAAAUCGCUGAUGAAGUUUAUAUGGAAGUGAUCGUGGGUGAGGAGGAUGCAGCAGCGGCAGCGGCAGCAGCUGCUGCUGUACAUGAACAGCAAAUGGAUGACAGUGAAAUCAAAACCUUCAUGCCAAUCGCAUGGGCAGCAGCUUAUGGUAAUAAUUCUGAUGGAAUUGAAAACCGGAAUGGCACUGCAAGUGCCCUCUUGCACAUAGAUGAGUCUGCUGGCCUCGGCAGACUGGCUAAACAAAAACCAAAGAAAAGGAGAAGACCUGAUUCCAGGCAGUACCAAACAGCAAUAAUUAUUGGCCCUGAUGGACAUCCCUUGACAGUCUACCCUUGCAUGAUAUGUGGGAAGAAGUUUAAGUCGAGAGGUUUCUUGAAAAGGCACAUGAAAAACCACCCUGAACACCUUGCCAAGAAGAAGUACCGCUGUACUGACUGUGAUUACACUACCAAUAAGAAGAUAAGUUUACACAAUCACCUGGAGAGCCACAAGCUGACCAGCAAGGCAGAGAAGGCGAUUGAAUGCGAUGAGUGUGGGAAGCAUUUCUCUCACACGGGGGCUUUGUUUACUCACAAAAUGGUGCAUAAGGAAAAAGGAGCCAACAAAAUGCACAAGUGUAAAUUCUGUGAAUAUGAGACAGCUGAACAAGGGUUAUUGAAUCGCCACCUCUUGGCGGUCCACAGCAAGAACUUUCCCCAUAUUUGUGUAGAAUGUGGUAAAGGUUUCCGUCACCCAUCAGAGCUCAAAAAGCACAUGCGAAUCCAUACUGGGGAGAAACCGUACCAAUGCCAGUACUGCGAAUAUAGGUCUGCAGACUCUUCUAACUUGAAAACGCACGUAAAAACUAAGCAUAGUAAAGAAAUGCCAUUUAAGUGUGACAUUUGUCUUCUGACUUUCUCAGAUACCAAAGAGGUGCAGCAACAUGCUCUUAUCCACCAAGAGAGCAAAACACAUCAGUGUUUGCAUUGUGACCAUAAGAGUUCGAACUCAAGCGAUUUGAAGCGACACAUAAUUUCAGUUCACACUAAGGACUACCCCCAUAAGUGUGACAUGUGCGAUAAAGGCUUUCACCGGCCUUCAGAACUCAAGAAACAUGUGGCUGCCCACAAGGGUAAAAAAAUGCACCAGUGUAGACAUUGUGACUUUAAGAUUGCAGAUCCAUUUGUGCUAAGUCGCCAUAUUCUCUCGGUUCACACAAAGGACCUUCCGUUUAGAUGUAAGAGAUGUAGAAAGGGAUUUCGGCAACAAAAUGAGCUUAAAAAGCAUAUGAAGACACACAGUGGCCGGAAAGUUUAUCAAUGUGAGUACUGUGAGUAUAGCACUACAGAUGCCUCAGGCUUUAAACGGCAUGUUAUCUCCAUUCAUACAAAAGACUAUCCUCACCGGUGUGAAUACUGCAAGAAAGGGUUCCGAAGACCCUCAGAAAAGAACCAGCACAUAAUGCGACAUCAUAAAGAAGUGAGCUUGCCCUAACAAUACUUCUACAGACGUGUAGAGAAACUGGCCUUGAAGCAGAAUAUUCAUCUAAAAGCCAAUCAGUCUUGUUCACAUACAAUACUGUAUAUUGAUUUAUGCUGUGUACAAAUAGAAUUAUUCUUCUAGUUGACUUUUUUUUUUUACAUUUUGUUCAAUAGUGUGUUCUGAAUUCUAUUCAGUUUGUUUAAUAAAUGGGGAAAAGCAGCAGUUAGCUUGUUGCUUGUAAUAAAGUAAUCCCUGAUUCUAUUCUGAAUUUUUCUAUCUUAGGAGUUUUAUAUUUAUUUAAAUAAUUACCUUGCUUACCUUGAUGGUACUCUUCUAAGACCAUUGAACUUAAGGUAACUUUAGAUUGGUAACUCUGAAAGUAUUCAUGUUGACUUUUUUCUCCCCCAUAAAUUUCUCACAAUAAAAUUGUCAGAGACCUCUAAUAUGAAUGGGUGAUUUUACAGCUAGGUCUAAUGAUCAUAACAUGGAGGUCAUUUGCUUGUCUUGCUUAAUAUUUUCAGGCCAUAUGACAAUGAAAGUUUGCAUUUGAGCUUUUGUGUCCCUGGCAUUGCUGAAUAAAGACUAGUGGCUGGGUUCGUGUUUACUUUUCAUUUUGUUUAGCAGACAAAAUAUUCUUUUUGGUUUCUGUUGGACUAUUUACAUCUUUCGUCAGUGUAGCAAACUUUAGAAAACUUUAUUGGAAAAUUUUACUCAAUUCUGUUGUAUUUUGAUUAUUCUGUCUGUGCUGCUUUGUCUUGGAAUGGUUGUGUGUUACAAAUGACACUUAACUGAGGACUGCAUUUUGGAAUCUCCUAGAGGUAAUUCGUGACUCAUAGGAUCUUCUGCAACUUUAUAUAUGUAAAUGUACCCUGAAUUAUAUAUAUACAUAUAUAUGUAACAUGUAUCUGUGUGUAUUGCUUAUUUUACAUAUAUACACACAACUCCCAGUAGUAGUUGUUUAAAAACUGUAAUGAAACUAUUAAAUUUACAAUAACAUGAAAGAUCCAGGGAUGCAUGAGAGAGCAUUUUGUUAGUCUUGCUCUUCAGAGAGACUACUCAGGUGAAGAAUUAGAGGGAAAAAUAAGGACACUAGUAUUUUUAAAGAGUAAAGGUAUUUUCUUUUAAAUAUCUUUGGUAAUUGAAAAAUAAUCAAAAAAUAGAGGUUAAGAUGUUUAUAGAUAGAACGUUUUCAUAGUUUCAGCUCCAUGCCUUUAUAUUUUUCUGAAAAGCUAAUGAGUAUCCAGAUGUGAGUCCCUCAUUUCUCUCUGAGAUGCCUGAGAGAGAACUCUUAUCUCAACAAGGGAGGGGGACAGAGAGAGUGUGAUGGCUCCAUGGACCAGAGAACGGGUGCUAAUUAUGACUUAAAAUUGGCAAGUUCAGCCUGCUCUGUUAUUUCUUCAACAGUUAGUUAGUAAGCUUAGAAAAUUUACCACUCAAGUUGGCUUGGAUUAGGAGAUAAAGGUGUGUUCCAAGUGCAUAAGGAAAAUCUGAGGCCUUAUUUGGAACCUCACCAAAUCUUUCAGUUUCACUUUUCUUUGAGAAUUGGCAGUUUCCAACAUACAGGUAUGCAUCAGUCAUAAAUUUAUAAAAUGAACUUGGUUAAUUAGAGUUUGAUUAUGUUAAGAUAACUCUUGGAGAACAGAAACAGUUCUUGGGGUCCCUGGAAUUGCCUGUCAGCACACAUACUUGGCACAUCAAGGGAGAUUUAGAAAUUUCUUCCUACUCGAUAGCUGCCUUGCCACCUCAUUAUGGUGCUCCAUCCCCUUUGUGCCGUUAGGUUUUUACCUUUCAUCUUUCUCUUUGCCAUCAAUAUUUGUAUUCCAGAGUUAUAUUUUUAGGGUUAGAUAUCUCUGUUUGGUGUUUGGCAAGCCUCUGAAGUGCUAGAUUGAUCUGGUCUAGUUCUAAAACAAGUGCUUUAGGCUGGUAUGAACUCUAAUCUAAUGCCAGUCAAAGCCAAGGCGUGGUUCCCUAUUCUGUACCAUAGGGAAUUCCUGUACCGUUUUAGCCUCUCCUAACGUGCUUUUAAAAAAAAGUAACUGAACAAUUGUGUGAUUUAUUGCCCUGCUAUUCUUGAAACCUCUGUCUGUUUUUUUGUGAGAACCUUUGAAAUUUCCCUUAAUUUUUAUCUUCCCCAGAAAUAACAUAAUACACCUAAAUGUGGAAAUUUACUAAUUUUAAAACAUCCUAUAAAAUUAAUACAGAAAAUACUGAUUGGGUCAUUUAACUAUAUUUUUUUAAAUAAACUGAAAGAUAAAGAACACAAUACUUUACAUACUUUAUAUAUUUCUCUUUACAUAAUCUGGAAUCAUACACAGUUCUUUUCUUUUUAAAGCACAAUAUUGAAGCCUUUAAAAGGUAUUUAAGGGUUUGGUCAAGUGAAUAUAAAAUGUAUUUGUCUGUAUAAAGAGAAAAUGAAAUUGUAGUCACUGUUAUGUACUGACAUUAGUUACAACCUAGUUUUAAUUCUUAAAACAAUUUUGAUUAGCAAAGCUAAAAAUGGAUGUUUCAGUUAAAUGUUUUAAAGAGGUACAGAUUUUUACAAGGACAUAAUAUAAGUUAUUGUUCUGUAGAAAUACCUAUUAAAUAUUGUAUGUCCCUCCCUCUGUACACUUUGUAAAAAAAGUAAAAUACAUAAAAAGAAAAUCAUAUAGGGAUGUGUGACAUUAUUGUAAUUGUGUACUUGAGAAUAACGUGCAAAAAUAAAGUUCAGAAUAUUUUCCUGUUAAUGAA